CCCUUGUCCCACUCUCUCUCUCUCUUUCUCUCUUACAGCAAAUAUCUUUUUCUUGUACCAAAAGCAAAAAAUAAUCAUCUUCUUGAAUCUCCAAGAUUACAGUAAACACCAAACCGAAGAAAGAAUCAAAGAAACAUAAAGAAGUACUAUGAGUUGCAAUGGUUGUCGAGUUCUUCGAAAAGGUUGCAGUGAGAAUUGCAUCCUGCGUCCAUGUAUCCAAUGGAUCGAAUCACCAGAAGCUCAAGGCCACGCUACCGUCUUCGUCGCUAAGUUCUUCGGCCGUGCUGGUCUCAUGUCUUUCAUCUCCGCCGUACCUGAACCUCAAUGCCCUGCGUUGUUCCAGUCUUUGCUGUACGAAGCUUGUGGAAGAACUGUAAAUCCGGUGAACGGAGCCGUCGGGUUGUUAUGGACGGGGAACUGGAAUAUUUGUCAAGCGGCGGUUGAGACGGUGCUUCGCGGCGGUUCUUUGAAACCCAUACCGGAGCUUCUUAACGGCGGAGGCGCCGGAUUCGCCGGGUUCCCGUCUCCCACUUCAGACGAAGCUUCCGAGAUCUGUACGGAGAUGCUGAAUCUACGAAAAGACGAUUCCGGCGACCGGAAUAUAUACCACCACUGCCGAUUCUCGAGCUCCAGAACCAGAUCGACGGCUUCUCCGCCGAAACGGAGACGAUUAACGUCGGAACAACCUUCGUCGGAGCUCGAUCUCUCUCUGAUCCCUUCUUUUCCGAUUAAAACGGCGCCUUUUAAAGAGGAUACGCCGUCGAUGUACUCAGAGGAUUCCGUUACGACGGUUUCGUUCCGAGACAACAACGCCGGUGAUCGGUACGUACGCGGCGGAGGAGAAACGGCAAAGUUGCUCAACCUUUUCGCUUGAACGGCGUCGUUUCUUUUUGAGGGUUAAAAUUGUAAUUUUUCGAGUAACUUUUUUUUUUUCCCUGGUGCCCUUUUUUGGAUUAAUAUUUUGGGAAAUGUGGCAACUACACCGGCAAAUUAAGUGAUUUGUUUUCUCAGUUUUUAAAUUACGAGGAAAUUAACCUAAAAACUACUAUAAAGUAAUCUUAAUUAAUUUGAGAGAAUAAUGAUAAUUCGUCGGUGGGGUACUGUUCUUUUUUUCUUUUUUCUAAUGUUCAUAAUCAUCAUUUCUCA